AUGGCGUCGUCAUCGCGGCCUUCGAGCUCUCUUCUCUAUUCCUGCAUAGCACAUGGAACGACGAUUCUAGCUGAACACUCGUCACCCGGUGCCUCUUCGACCUCAGCCUCGUCUCUGGCAUCAAUCAUCCUCCCCAAAAUCACGCACGACAAACCCCAGAAACUGACCUACACCCACGACCGACUCUUCGUUCACUACAUUGCCGACUCGCCCUCCGGGCGCACUCACGACGAUGGCAACAGCAGCAACCAGCAAGAAAUCUCCUCAUACUCAUCCCUUAGCUACCUCGUCGUUGCCACCGCUGAGCAAGGCCGACGCAUCCCAUUUGCGUUCCUACUCGAAAUGAAGCGCAAAUUCCUCGCCGCAUACCCGCCCUCAACCACCCAGUUCUCUGCGCUGCCUGCCUAUGGCUGCGCUGCAUACAACGCUGAACUGCGGGCUCUACUCCAGCAAUACAAUACGGCGCCGCCAUCGGACUCGCUCGCGUCGGCGCGCAGGGAAAUAGAUAGCGUGCGCGACAUCAUGACGGAGAAUAUCGAACGGGUUCUCGAACGCGGCGAGAGGAUUGAUCUGCUGGUCGAUAAGACGGAUCGGCUCGGCGGGAGUGCGCACGAUUUUCGAAUGCGGUCGCGCGGUCUGCGCCGGCGCAUGUGGUGGAAGAAUGUCAAGGUGAUGGUGUUGCUGUUCGUUGUGAUUGUGUUUUUGAUUUAUUUGUUUGUUGGCAUGGGCUGUGGAUUGCCGGGAUGGGAUCGAUGUGUUGGGGGGAAGGAGAGCGACGAAUACGUGAUUUGGCUUCGACGCUCGAAAUUCUGUCGCAGCAUGUCUUCAUAUCCGAACUUCUAUAACUCAUACCAACACAGCAACAACAAUGGCGGUAAACGGAACUUGAAUAAUAAUUACGCGGGCACCCGUCAGCCUAUCCAACCUCGUCCCCAAGGAUAUAUGGAAGCAACAUAUGACUGGAAUAACCAAGGCGCGUCGUCAACGACCGGUUAUAAUAACCAGCAGCUUAACAAUUCAAGGACAACCACCGAUAAUAACGACGUAUACUCGAGUUCCCACAGUUAUCCUUCGCAACCCGGAGACUUGUCGAAUCCUCUCAACACUUAUAAUAACCAUAAUAACCAAGUCGCGCAGACGCAAGAGGACAAGUUACAAAGUUCGGGGUUGAAUAGCUUGGUCUAUGCUUCUGCACUGGAAUCUGCGGUCCGAAACAUACCUGAUCAACCAGGGUAUAACUCGUCGAGGCAAGACGGUCGAGGUCCUUAUCCAGCCGCGCGUAGAACAGUUUCACAAAACUAUACAUCUUCAACCUCCAACCACACUUCAUUAGCCAGUGGGAGAACAGGGAGCUACGACUCACAGUCUCAGAGACCUGGCUUCUUGGCACAACCAAGUACAGCUUCGCAUGGACACCCUGCUAAACAAACUUCCAAUAACGUCCCGCGGCAACAACCUGCCAACAAUAUUUCUCAGAUGUCGCAACAACAACGGAAUCCGCCGUCUCGAGCAAAUCCUCAAACUCAUACACAGCAGUGGUCCAAUGACCAAAGAACACCUCCACUACCGCAUUCUAUGGCGAACAUGCCCUCCGCCCAGACUCAUACCCACUCUUCAUUUCCCUUGGACACAUCUGCGCAAAAUAAGAACUCAUCUCGAAUAUCCAAUUCACGGACGACACCAGCCUCGACAACGUACGGACACCCACCCGGACACGGAAAUAGGCCAGGUACGUCACCACCAAGCUCCGGCGCCGAGACUGCGGGUUCACAUCAGAUUUCUCCGCCAAAAGUUCAGUUCAUAAAUCCUAAUGAACUGUAUAACCAACAAUAUCUUCUUGCGCAGGAGCGCGCCAGAGCCUCAGAGGCAGAGGCAGCAGCGGCAAGGCAAAGACAAGAAGCGGAAGCCAAGGCACAGGCCGAAGCUGCAGCAGCAGCUACUGCGACGAAAGACACUACUACCGGGAAUGGAUCAACUCCUACGAAGAAAAAACCGGCUAAACGAAGAGCACCUAAGAAGAAAGCAGGUGACAAGGCGCAGGAAGGGGGAAAUGAUAUGGCUGCUGAGAUGCAACUGAUGCUCGAAAAGUUAAAGGGGAUGCGGGCCAAAGACCCUUCUUUGUUCUCUAAGCUAUGGGAUGAUAUCAAAAAAACCCCUGCUGGAAGCCAACCAGCACCUACUCAGAGACAGCAGGAUACCAAUUCGAAUCCAUCAGCAACCGGAACUGCCGCGGAAGCCGCCUCAAUAACUACAAAUGAGACACCAAAGUCAACAAGUAAAAAGAAGGGCAUUCCACAAAAUCAUCUGAUUGACGGUAUGCCAGACCUGGGAAGGUUCCCUGCACAGCGACGCAGGAGAAAGGAUAAAAAUGAAGAGAGCGGCUCUGCACUGGCAACUGAAGCGAAUGUCAAUUCUAUGCUUAAUCAAGCCCCAGAGUCCUUUUCCGCUGUUGAGCAGUUGGUUUCUAUAACCCACCCUGCAGCUGCACUUGAAAACCAGACCGGAUCAACGUCUACCCAGCCUGCCACUCAAGAUGCCACAUGGCCGGCUUCCACUCAACAAAAGCUAGCUCGCGCCGCGUCAGAGUACCUGGCUAAGAACCCUACGAACUUGGAGAAACAAUGUUCCCCGGAAGCUCUGAUGCUACUGCUACGAAACAAUCCUUCUUAUCCAGACUUGUGCAUGCAAUUGGAGUCUCGGGGAUUCGAUUUAGAUAGACAGGCUUUGGCCAGAUAUCUUCUGGCAGCGGUCCCUGCACUUGCAAGUGGAAACAAUGCUUGCCAAGAGCCAAAGAAGGGGGACGCGAAUGGGCAACCUUCGGCUUCUGGUCUGACGCUCGCACAGCCCACACAGCAGGCUCCUCAACCCACUCCUCUCCCCGGAACAGCAGCUCCUGCAAAGCCAAAAGCAAAGCCAAAGAAAAAUCCACAGACCCCUGGGCCUCCGCCAUUACAACACCCUCCACAACUCCCAAGAGCAGAGGUGCUGGUUUGGGAUGGGAAUGCUGGCCCGACUUCGUCUAUGCCUAUGGAGAAUGGCACACCAAGCACAUCAGCUCCACCGAAAAACAAAGCGUCAUCGUAUCGACGAAAGCCUGCGGUGCAAAGCACCCUGAUCCCGCCGGUACUUGGACUUGGACCAAAAGCAGAGAAAGCCAAGAAACGGCUGUUCUCCGAGAUUGUCGAUUUAUCGCAGCUAAGCAGUGACGAAGAGGACAUUGAUGAGCCUAGUGAAGACGAGACCUUUCCUCGUCUUUCCAAGCUGUCGCGACUAGAGGGCCCCUCUGUUGAGCGUCAGCUGAAUCACACGCUUGACCAGGACAGUAUGGAUAUUGAUACGACCUCGCCACCGCCGUUUGAAGGGCAACGUUCGGGGUCGCCUGUCACUGGGGAUUCUCAUGUCGCCGAGCCCGACACUGAAGACUUCGACCCCGACGAUGAGCAGUGCUUGAACUCACUCAAAAGUUUCCCGCGUAUUUCCAAGCUGCUUGAGCCUUCGGCGGCUCUGCAACGAGUGUACUACAACCCCAAGUCGGCAGCGCGCGAUAUCUUGAUUGCGGCGGGACGGCAUCCCUCUGAGCGCCCGUUGAACUACCACCUGGCAAAGUUCCUCGAUAUCUUUACCGGCGUCAGCGUCAAGUCGGAUCUCGAAAGCUUCCGGUGGGACCUGGUCGACCCUGGUGGACCGUCAAUGCCUGUGGUGCAGGCCGAAGAUAUUCUGGCAGAGCCUCCGCGCGUUCCUCGCAAACGCCGCCGCGACAAGAAGUCACGUGCGGAUACGGGCGACGAUAAGAGCGGCCCCACCUCGGACUCUCUCAACAACGCGCAGGCUCCUUCUGAUCCUCUGCAGUCUCAUUCAUUCACUUUUUCUACUCCCCAGAACGCUCGGAGCAUGGCUGGAGCACCCACUUCGGGGCGAGGCUCUGGUCGUCGCGGUCGACCGCCCGGCGCGAAGAACAAGAACACCACCAAGACAGCUCUGAAAGCAGCGGUUGCGGGCUCGGCGAGGAAUGCGGCUGCAGCCCCCGUCCGUCAGGCGGUGCCCGAGCCUUCGUACCCUGUGUUUACGUGUGAGUGGGCGUCGUGUCCUGCGCAGCUUCACGAUGUCCAUACCUUGGAGCGACACGUCGACAAAGUUCACGUGGUCGGACAAACAAGCUGCGAGUGGAGCAGCUGUCCAAAUGCAAACACGCAGUACGUGGGUGACGGCCUUGGGGAGCAUGUACAACAAGCCCAUAUUGAACCGCUGGCGUGGAAAUAUGGCGAUGGACCGGCUGUCAAAGCAACUGUGACUGAGCUUGACCGCUACCUGACCGCCGAUGGAUCGAUCGUUACUCCAGACGCUAGCAUGGCCGGAGAAAGCGAUUCGCUUAUCUACCCCGUCGAAUCGAAAUCGUCGAUCAAGGCCUUUUACAAAGUGCAUGGGACCGAGAAGCCAGACAAACAAGCGCAGGAAGUCCUGUUGGCUGUUCGACGACGCCAACAACGCGUCGGAAUUGGCCUCGAGCAAGAAGGCUGCGAAUUCUCCAACCCCAAACGCAACAAGGCAAUCGUGAACGACGAGGAAUUUUACCAGGUGGUAUCUGAAGAGGAGGCUGAUGGUGACAAUUGGUUUCAGCGAGAGGAUUCGUCUUAG